AUGUCUAACCCAAGCGGCAUUGAUCAGUUUAAUGCUAAUGUGAAGAGGAUAAGUGAGAGGCUCUGUGGUGUUUCUGAUUCUGAUUCCCCUCCGGGUACUCAGCUUACCGAUUUAACUACGGAAGAAAACAACACGACUGCUGAUGCUUCCGGCGAUAAGGCGUCCUCUGGUUCCGUGUCACAAGGUCGUAAAGGCAAGGCCGCCGGUGCAAAGAAGGGUCCCACCCCCGGGGAGACCGCGUUGACACAACCCAACGUGCCUCCAAUUAAUCCGGCUACCGCUUCUUCUUCAGCUUUGCAAGCCAAUAACACUGGUGAUGUGACGACUAAAGAAAAAAUUGGUGCUGAGACGCCCACCAACCUAGGCACUCAAGUCGCUAAAGACACACUGACGGUGAAGUCUUUGGCCACCAAGGACGCCAAAGCCCAAGUCCAAGGAUCCAAAGGCUCCAACACCAGUAUUGCACAUUCUGGUGGUUCAGCCCAGCCCAAAAGUGCCGGUUCCGUCCCGUUGAUUUCUAUAGAAGUGGUGAAUACGCAUAAUGUCAAUGACACACCAUUACCUCCAUCACUAGGUCAAGCAGCUGCCAUCAAAGGUCAAGCUAGCGGAAUCCUCUCCCAGAUCAACAAGUGCUCCCCGGACGGUAUUGAAUCUUGGUUAAACUCUAAAGGCUUUACCCUGGUCCCUAUGACCCCGGGAGGUGCUAGCACGGAAGUCAGUCGGAUUAAUGCUGUUGACAAAACCAAUGGUAGCAAAAUCAUACCUGCUCCAUCUUCUACUUCUAGCCUCCCUGCUUCCCUGCCCUCUAGAACUCAACACAACAGUUGCAACGUCAUCAACCCGGUUCUGCUCAACAAUACACCUAAACCCCGUUCUGGCUUGUUUCUAAAGCAAGCUUUAGAACUGUCAGAUACCAAAGACAAAACAGAAGACAAAAAUGCUAACCUACCCCUAGAUCUCAGAACUUCUCUCAACAGAACAAUUUCUCUGGCUUACCAGUGUAUGAUGGGCCGGGCGGUUCGACCUCAAACGCCUGGCAAGAUAGAAGACCCAAGCUCAGAGGACAUGCCGUCAGAGGCCGUAGAGGAAGUUAGCAAGGGAACCACGGUGCUAGAGAUUGUAGUCCUAAUCGUCAUAGAGAUGCAUGGCGCGCCGAGAGACGUGAGCGAGGUGAUGACCAAGACAACGCAGGGCCUGCGGGGAAGGCAAAGUACGCCAAACGGUCAUUUAGCCUAG